UAUAAAAACAGCGUCCCCGCGCCAGGGAGGGGACAGUUGCGGGUUCGUUGGGGAAGGAGUAGGACGUGUACCUUGCGGCUGAUAGGAGCGGAAGUGUUUUUUAAAGGAUCCGUUCCUGAAAGUGAAAAAAGUAAAGGGAAAUGGCCCGUACAAAGCAGACAGCCCGUAAGUCCACUGGUGGCAAAGCUCCACGUAAACAGCUGGCUACCAAAGCUGCUCGAAAAAGCGCUCCCUCUACUGGUGGAGUCAAGAAACCUCAUCGCUACAGGCCUGGUACUGUGGCACUGCGAGAGAUUCGUCGUUACCAAAAGUCCACAGAACUUUUGAUUCGCAAGCUUCCGUUCCAGAGGCUGGUAAGGGAGAUUGCUCAAGACUUCAAGACAGACUUGAGGUUCCAGAGUGCAGCCAUUGGUGCUCUGCAGGAGGCUAGUGAAGCAUAUCUGGUGGGUCUCUUUGAAGAUACGAACCUGUGUGCCAUCCAUGCCAAGAGAGUCACCAUCAUGCCCAAAGACAUCCAAUUGGCUCGUAGGAUACGGGGGGAGAGGGCUUAAGAGGAGGCAGUUUUUAUGGUGUUUUGUAGUAAAUUCUGUAAAAUACUUUGGUUUCAAUUUGUGACUUUUUUUUGUAUGGAAUUGUUUAUAAUAUGUUACAUUUGUACUUAAGUCAUUCCAUCUUUCACUCAGGAUGAAUGCUAAAAGUGACUGUUCACAUAAAAACUCAGUGAUGUGAGCUUUGUUGCUCAACAGUGACAAGUUGCUAAUAUGCAGAAGGGAUGGGUGAUCUUUCUUGCUUUUCAUGCAUGUUUCUGUAUGUUAAUGACUUGUUGGGUAGCUAAAAUUGUAAGGUACUAGAAUUGAUAUAAAUGUGUACAGGGUCUUUUUGCAAUAAAACUGGUUAUAACUUGA